GUCCUCUCCUCUUUCUCUCUCAUCAUCAUCCCCCCCUCUCCUCUUACUCGCUACCCAUCAUGCCUCCCCGGUUCAGGACUCACUCGUACUCUCCGCGGCCCAUCCCGGUCGACGGUGUCACCAUGGACACCACCCAGCGCCACCGCACUGCCAGUCCGUUUGUGCGCGACGCACGCCUUGUCCCACCCGUGCAGCUCUGUCGGUCCAACACCGCCUUUGUCAGCUCCUCCAGUGUCCUCUCAUCCACCAUCAGCGGGCACGUGAUUGACGAGCCUGCCGAGCCCGAGACGGUAAAGGUCGAGGUGACUGAGGACUGCGCGACUGAUCCAGCGCCCCCUCGCGCGGCCGCACCCCAGGCUUCGCAGUACGUCCGGGCGUUUGACGCCACCACGUUCCAGGAGGCGUUUGCGUUUGAUGCCAAGACCGAGGGCCAGCGCGGGAAAGGGGGCGAUAAGCUCUUCCAGGAGGAAUGCGACAACCCCGAGGUACGCGGCGAUGCUAUUCAAGGCCGCGCCGGCGUUGCCCUGCUAAACCCUUUACAGAUAUCCUCGGAUCACGCCGAUGCCGAUGUGCCCCGCCCCCGCACUCUCCCCCCCAUCGCCAUUACUUGCCUCGACCCGCGUGUGCGUGAAUGCUGGCGCAAGUGGCCCAAGGAAGCUCGGCUGGAACGCUACGUCUCGACCAUCAAUGCCAAGAAGCGCUCAUAUGACCGCGUUGUCAUCGGGUCAAUGCGGGCACGCGCCGGGUGGUAUCGCGCGGCGCGCAAAGAAGCGUCCCUCAUCAAGUUCCAGCUAAUCGCUCGUCGGCAGGUAACUGACUCUUUUCCCCCUCCCUCGCUGAAAGCAGGCCAAGGCGCUACGUCGCUUUGCGGCUUCCGAGGGUGCCAACCUCACGAUGGAGUGGGACGCUCCCCCGUCGCCUGUCCAGGUCAUUGAGCCGCACAUUGGAGUCGACAAGCAGCCCGCAAAGGGCUCCGAGUUUGAGCAGUCGCCCACCUUGCCUGCUCACAAGGAAGCCACAGAGGCAACCGGACGCACCUCGCUCGUGCGCCUCAAGCUUCAGCUCGUACUCGAGCGUGCUCGCGCGG